GGCGAGUCGUCGAAUUGUGCACGCAGGAGCGCACGCUUCGGAAGCACUGCAUUGGUGCAUUCUUACACUCGUAUAUUUAACGAUCAUCACAACCGAGACUCGAGAGAGCCGCAAGACAGCGGGAGAAAGAGAGAACCCUAGUGAGUGAUUCGUGCCUGCGGAUGUGUACGUGCGACGAGUGAACAGCAGCAGAGCAGCGUCGGCUAGAAGAGAGGCAUCGAGCGAGCUCCGAAACAAAGGAGCGAGAAAGCUACGUGUACUGGCUGGCGACAGCAUGGAGCUGCACACGCCGAAGCGCAACAGCCAUCAAGGAACAGCGGCGGUCGCCGCGGCCGUCGGCGUCGAGGGACCCAUAGACAGCGCGUCCAUGAACGACGCCUCGAUUUACCCGUGGACCUGGGGCGAGCAGGCUCGCAACGUCAACCUCAGCCCGGGCAGCUCGUGCUCCUCGCCGGAGUACCACGGCAGCGGCGGCGGCGGCGACGGACCCGGCUCCGCGGACAGCGAGCGAGUCCAGCAGCCGCACCGGGGCCUCCAGGAGCAUCACCGAGACCGGCGCGAGUCGCACAGACGGGGCAGGCCCCGCGCCGAUGCCCUUACCAACCUCAUGAUGCAGGGCAGCACGUCGCCCUCGAGCAUCAAGUGUACCUUCUGCAACCGCGUCUUCCCGCGGGAGAAGAGCCUGCAGGCCCACCUCAGGACCCACACAGGUGAAAGACCUUAUCCGUGUGACUAUCCAGGAUGCACAAAAGCAUUUACCCAAUCUGGACAACUGAAGACCCAUCAAAGGCUACACACAGGAGAAAAGCCAUUUCUUUGUACAGAACCUGGUUGUGAGAUGAGAUUUACACAUGCGAACAGACACUGUCCAGACCAUCCGUAUGCAACACUGACACGUUCAGAUGAUUUUGUUCUAAAGCCAGUUUCUGGAAAUACAGAGCUUCCGCACGACGUUACCAGAUGGUUGGAGCGUUAUAAGAUGGCCAGAGAACGAGAAGACAAAACACCCUCUGGCAAGAGCGAUAGAAAGAAAAAACAAUGGAAAAGCAGCAGUGAAACUCACAAGAGAAUCAAGUCAAGGAAGGGCCUUAUCAUGGAUGCUGUUGUGGAGCAAGAGAAUCUCGACAGAGCGCCACAGAGUCAAAGUCGAUUGUAUUGCAGUGAGAGCCAGGACAGUCAGGACGAGAGUCAAGACGAAGAUCCGUCAGAGUCGUGCGCGAUGCUUCAAAAUUCCGAAGACGAGGAAGCAAUGGGAAUGAAGCUACCGGUAACUCCACUCAGAAGGCCACUCGAUAGAUUGCAGCCGAAAAAACGCUGGCUCAGAGAAGCGUGCUUAGAGCAACAGUUGGCGAAACCACUCAGGUGGGACGUUCAUCCUACGAACAGUUGUCACCGAAUCUCAGAAGAAUUACACACUUCAUCACAAUGGUGUCUAUCCGAAUCACAGCUACCCAGUCUACGAACAAGCAUUAAUAGUCCGGAAGAUGAGUACGCGCCAAUGAACCCCGAACAUACAGAGCAGUAUGUUGAUUCUCAACUUUUGAGCCCGAAUUUGGACACCGAAGAAAAGGAAACAAACAGGACUCUCCAUAUUGAAAACGAAAUGAGGCCCACUGUCUUGAUGCUUGCUGGAAGAAAUCAAACGACGCCAAAGUCGUGUCCAAGCGAAAUCGGCAACACCGAUGUCAAAGUCAUCGUCGUAAAGCAAGAAGAAAGCCCGCUAAGCCUACCUUUGCCCGAAGAUAAUCAGAAGUGGUUGGGCGCGCUUGCCUUGAUGGAAUUGGCCAAAACACAAGAAGAAGCCGCACGAGCACUGAGACUCAACAGAGAUUUGGACGUGCAUGCGAGCCCGAAUUACACUCAUCUUUAAGCUGUGAUUGUUUUUUAUUUUAUUAAGCUUGUUCAAAUGCCUGUUUUUCGAACAAACUUGAUUAGUUAAUUGUUUACGAAUGGUCAUUUUCAGAGCGAAAGAGAUAUUGUAUCGGAUCGUUGCUUCAUUAGCCCUUUACAUCGCAAAACGAACUCCACUUUCUCCACUCACUUCAAUUUUUUUUGUAAUUUUGUUUCAUUGACUAUAGCAGCCUUGCUUUUCUCUUUUUGUACAAUACCGCCGUGAAGGGUCUAAUGUUAUUUGUAAGUUUUAUAGGUAACUUUAAACCUUGAGAAUAAAUGUUUGUUCGUUACGACUAGGCGCUUCAUUACUCUGUCGAGUCAUAGCAACUUAUGACAAAGCUCUUUUAUAUUUAAGGAUAAGCGUUAAAUAUUUUGAUCGAUGCCAACAGGGAGUUUCUUGUGUUUUAUGUGAUCAUAACGAUGAUAAGAUUUAUAGGUGACCAAAAAAGCUUUUAAAUGCAGCAUUUUAUUAAAAAAAAAUAAUAAAAAAUACGUUUUUAAGUCUCUCGCCAAAAAAAGACAAAGAACAAGAAGCCGACGAUUAUGUAAUUACUUACUGUUGACACUCGAGUAUUAUAAGACGGCAACAUUGGCGUACGAGAGAAAAAACCUUUUUGUGAUAAUAUUUAGGUAGUAACGAGUACGCCGGUUGUCAAAUGAUCCUGACAUGGAAAAAUCGAGCUUGUAAAGUAUUUAACGGGAACAAAAUUAGUCACUAUUUAUGUAAAGGCGUGUGAUAUAAAAAAGUAUGCAAGGACUAAAAAGCUUAUAGAGAAUCAUAAAGCAUUUUGAGCCUUCGAUUAUCUUGCUGCGUUGCCUUACCUCUUUUAAUUUUUUUUUACGAAAUGUACAUAAUAAUUCUUUAUUUUAAUAAAAACCCUUGACAAAUA